UAGAAUGCAGCAUCGUUUGAACGGCGGAGAAGCCCCCGAUUGCUGCAAAAAAAUGUCACUUUCAAUGAUCAGAUGGUUGUUCACACUUGUGCUCCUUGAUUCUGGGAAUCUCAUCCAAGCCACUGUUGACCAAUGCUGGACUCCGUGGUUUGAUCGUGACAACCCCUCUGGUAGUGGGGAUUUUGAAACUCUUCCCAAGUUGCUGAAAGAAAACCCAGAGAAGAUCUGUAAGCGUCCAAUUGAAAUUGAGGUCCAAACUGCAUCUGGAGCCAUUGUUAGUUCAACAGGCGACGUCAUUCAUGUCACAAAUGUGCACAGAGGAUUUGUUUGUAGAAAUCGUGACCAGCCUGGCAACAGUCGUUGCGAAGAUUAUAAAGUUCGUUUCUUGUGCCCCGUUGAGUUCUGCAACCCAAAAGAAUGCUGGACUCCAUGGUUUGACCGAGACAACCCCUCUGGUACUGGAGACCAUGAAACUCUUGUCAACCUGCACAAAGAAAACCCAGGGAAGAUAUGUGACUAUCCAAUUAACAUUGAGGUCCAAACUAUAUCUGGAGCCAGUGUUGGUUCAACAGGCGAUGUCAUUCAUACAGCUGAUGCCAGCACAGGAUUUGCUUGUAGGAAUCAUGACCAGCCACACAAUCGUCUUUGUGCAGAUUAUAAAGUUCGUUUCUUGUGCCCACUUGAAUUCUGUGAACCUGAAGAAUGCAAGACUCCAUGGUACGAUCGAGACAACCCUAGCGGGACUGGAGACUUCGAGAUACUUGAGAAACUCUACCUUGAACAUCCAAAGGAAAUCUGCUCGUUUCCCCUCAACAUUGAGGUCCAAACUGUUGCUGGAAAUACUGUAGCUUCAACAGGAGAUGCCAUUGCUGUAGCUGAUGUGACGACUGGGUUUAUCUGUAAAAAUGCUGACCAGAAGAGCGGCCAUUGCUCAGAUUAUAAAGUUCGGUUCGUAUGUCCCAUUGCGUUCUGCAAAGAAAAAGAAUGCUGGACUCCGUGGUUUGAUCGCGACAACCCCUCUGGUACUGGAGACUAUGAAACUCUUGCAGACCUGCUCAAAGAAAACCCAGGGAAGGUCUGUGAGCAUCCAAUUGAAAUUGAGGUCAAAACAAAAUCUGGAGCCAGUGUUGGUACAACGGGCGAUGUGAUUCAUACAUCUAAUGCACACACUGGAUUUAUAUGUAGAAAUCGUGACCAGCUGCAUGAUGGUCUUUGUGCAGAUUAUCAAGUUCGUUUCUUGUGCCCCGUUGAGUUCUGCAAAGCAAAAGAAUGCAAGACUCCAUGGUACGAUCGAGACAACCCUAGUGGGACCGGCGACUUUGAGAUACUUGAGAAACUCUACAUUGAACACCCAAAUGAAAUCUGCCAGUUUCCGCUGGACAUUGAGGUCCAAACAGUCACUGGAAAUACUCUGGCUUCAACAGGGGAUGCCAUUAGUAUAGUCGAUGCAACUACUGGCUUCAUCUGUAAAAAUGUUGACCAGAAGACUGGACGUUGCUCUGAUUAUAAAGUUCGCUUCACAUGUCCCAUAGAUUUCUGUAAAAAAAUGAAUAUUCAUGUAAAAUAAAAUGUGCAUUUCAAAUAGUUGUUCA